UAAGUGGUGUUCUCGUAGAUCAUAAUACAUGUCUGACAUGAGAUUAAUUGAAGCGUCACCCUCGUAUUAGUUACAUGUGGAUUGGACUUUGGACAAGGGCGGUGAAGAGUCCCUCUUAGUGUGAAAGGAGGAGACCAAGAACCACUGAGGUCAAGGUCUUCUAAUAAAUAGUCAAUGACCCUUUGCACCAGAAACCAUAUCGAUAUUCUAUCCCGAACGCGUCGUCAUCUUCACCUGUCUUGACUUAUUGGUCCAAUCUAGCGUAGCAAAGAAGAAAGCUUCAUAUAAGGCAGGAGAAGUAGAUUGCUGCUGGUUUCGGGGGAUGCUGCAGGCGUAGAUGGGAAGCCCGCUCCACUCUCUCCUCCUCGCCUUCUUCUUCGCUUUCUUUGCCAGCCACCGUGCUUCCAGAUCACUGGUUUUGGCGCAGAAGUCGCCGGCGUCGGUCGACGUCGGCGUCGUGCUCGACCUCGGGACCGAGACAGGGAAGAGGAGCCGGACGAGCAUCUCCAUGGCCAUCGACGACUUCUACGCCCUCCAUGGAGAUCACGCCACGAGGGUGGUUCUACAUGUCAGGGACUCCGACAAAGACGCCGUCGGCGCGGCAGCAGCAGCGGUUGACCUGCUCAAGAACGUCCGAGUCAAGGCCAUCAUCGGCCCCAUGACAUCCACCGAGGCCGCCUUCCUCAUCCAACUCGGUGACCGGACUCACGUCCCCGUCCUCUCCUUCUCCGCCACCAACCCCGCCCUCUGCCCCGCCCACACGCCCUACUUCGUCCGCACCACCACCAACGACUCCUCCCAGGUCGCCGCCAUCGCCAGCGUCGUGCAACACUUCGGCUGGCGCGAGGCGGUCCUCGUCUACGCCGACACCGAGUAUGGCACCGGCAUUGUCCCCUUCCUCACCGACGCGCUCCAGUCCGUCGACGCCCGCGUCCCCUACCGCGGCGUCAUCCCCUCCGAGGCCACCGACGCCCAGCUCGACGGGGUGCUGCGCGAGCUCAAGGCCGCGGAGGCGCGGGUGUUCAUCGUCCACAUGCUGCCCUACCUCGCCCUCCGCCUCUUCCGACGGGCCAAGAAGCUGGGAAUGAUGAGCCGUGGCUACGUGUGGAUCGCCACCGACGGGGUCACUAGCGUCCUCGAGCUGCUCGAUCGGCAGGACGUCCUGGAGGCGAUGCAGGGAUUGAUCGGCGUGCGGCACUACGUGAACAGAUCCAAGGAGGUCACCAACUUCACAGCCCGGUUCAGGUGGAGAUUCCGGCAGGACAAUCCCACCGUCAAGCCGGCCGAUCCCUCGGUCAUCCAACUGUGGGCUUACGACACGGCUUGGGCGGUGGCGAUGGCCGUCGAAAAGCUGCAUCCGGCGAGGUCCGCCUUCAAGAACUCACGAUCCGGGAAUGACUCGACCGACUUGUCCCGGCUUGGCGUAAGCCAGACCGGGCUGGCUCUCCGGAAUGCCAUCUUCGACACCCGCUUCCGUGGCUUGGCCGGAGAGUUCCAGCUCGUGGACGGUCAACUCCAGUCAUCGGCCUUCGAGAUAGUCAACGUUGACGGAGAAGGCGAGACGACGGUCGCAUUCUGGACUCCAGAGAACGGGAUCUCGGAGCAUCUCAACUCCACCGCCAGCGCCGGCCUCAAGUCCGUCGUCUGGCCGGGCGACUCGACGGAGGUGCCGAAAGGCUGGGAAAUACCCACCGAUGGGAAGAGGCUUCGAAUCGCCGUUCCGGUCAAGCACGGAUUCGACCAGUUCGUGAGGGUGGAAACCGACGCGAUGACCAACCGGACAAGCGUCACCGGCUUCUGCAUCGACGUCUUCCAGGCCGUCAUCGAUUCGCUUCCGUACGCCGUCACCUUCGACUACAUCCCGGUUGCGAACUCCUCCAAAUCCUACGACAAUUUUGUCUACCAGGUCUUCCUCAAGAACUUUGAUGCAGUGGUCGGCGACACGACGAUCAUCGCCAACCGGUCGCAGUUCGUGGACUUCACGAUGCCGUACACCGAUUCGGGGGUGUCGAUGGUCGUGCGGGUGAAGGACGCCAAGAGCAAGGACCUGUGGAUCUUCUUGGAGCCUUUGCCGAUCGAUCUCUGGCUCGGGAGCUUGGCCUUCUUCGUGUUCACUGGGCUCAUGGUGUGGGUGAUCGAGCGCCAGGAGAACCCGGAGUUCGCGGGGAAACCGCUCGACCAACUGGGCACCAUCUUCUACUUCGCCUUCUCCAUCCUCGUCUUCACGCACAAGGAGAAGCUGACGAGCAACCUGACGAGGUUCGCAGUGAUCAUGUGCACGUUCGUGGUUCUGAUACUGACGUCGAGCUACACGGCGAGCCUGACAUCCAUACUGACCGUGCAGCAGCUCCAGCCGACGGUGACCGACGUGAACCAGCUGCUGAGCACCGGGGCGUACAUCGGCCACCAAGAUGGAUCUUACGCCGUCGGGUUGCUGAAGCGAAUGGGGUUCCAAGAUCACAAGUUCAAGAACUACAGCACGCCUGACCAGUACGCAGAAGCCCUGUCCAAGGGGAGCGCUAAUGGAGGUGUCGACGCAGUGUUCGACGAAAUACCAUACCUAAAGCUAUUCCUCUCGCAACACUGUGCCGACUUCACCAUGGUCGGUCCGAUCUACAAGACCGACGGCUUCGGCUUCGUUUUUCCUCGAGGAUCGCAGCUCGUACCUGACGUUUCGAGGGCCAUCCUGAACGUGACAGAGGGGGAGAAGAUGGCAGCGAUCGAGAAGAAAUGGUUUGGGGAUCGAACCAACUGCACACCGCAGAGCAACAGCCUCAGCUCCUCGAGUCUCGCCUUCUGGAGCUUCGGCGGCCUCUUCCUCAUCACCGGAGCCGUCUCGGGGCUCGCAUUACUGAUCGGCCUGGCCAAGUUCAUCUACCAUGAAUGGGAUGGACUCAGAACUGCCGCUUCCGAGAAGACGUCUCUCUGGAAGAAGAUAGUGGCGGUGCUGAAGCACUACCACGACGUCGACGGGCCUCGCCCUUGCCUUACCUUGAAGAUGGAUGACUACGGGGAGUUGGACGACGAAGAUCUGAAUAAAAUUGCACGCCCUGGGGACGCGGCAGGGCUUCAUGGCUCGGUUGGUUCACAGAGCCCUGUGAGCGUAUCCGACCGCUCCGACUUCAGCUUUGCUUCACCGGAAGAAGGAAUGUCGUCUACGGAGCCAAGUAGCCCAUAUCACUAUGCCACUGUGGAAAUGGCAGAGAUCAGGGAAGCAGCAUAACUAACGGUGACGCUCAUCGAGAUAGGCCAAGAAGGAAUCGACUGUUGUGAUGAUGUGAUUAGAGAAGGGAAAUAUAAAGAAAUAAAACUGAUUCAGAUAUCAGUCAAAUAUGCUUCGUCCUAAUGAAGGCCGAUUGAGAGGGGAGAGCAGUCCAUUAACGAAUGAGAGAACAACAAACAACAUUAGAUCUAUCUUUAUCGAUGAUUUAAUGACAAUAGUCAUUUCAUUUA